AUGACAAUUCCCACAGUUGUAAACACUGGAGCACCUCUAUCUACUACUGUUUUCAACUUUCCAGAACUAAUUAGUUUCAAAGUUCGAGGUGAUGAAAUGAAUGGGUAUAUUGGUGACAUUAACCAAAACACUAUUUUAAAAUUCAAAGAUCUUCCAAAACUACUUAGUAUCGCAAUUUCAUCAGAUAAAUCAUUUGUAACAGUGCCAAGUGAUUUCCCAGUCAAUUAUAAUCUAACAGCACUCACAAAGGUUGAUUUUGGAGCUUCUCCCAUUGCAUCGAUUCCAGGAUUCUUUAAUCACUCGUCUCUUCAAGUUAUACAAUUGACAAACUUGCCUCAACUAACAUCAAUCACACUCGACUCGUAUACACGGCUUCCAAAGGCUGGAUUAUUGAUUAUCCACGUGAACCCUGUCACUCCUCUAACACUUGAUCUUCAACAAGCUAGUAUACCACUACUAUAUAUGCUUUUAAUGACUAAUACUGGUUCUGGAAUCAUUAAUGUUAAUUUGAAUAUUUCAAAUUCUCUUGCAACAUCAUUUAACACUGUAACAGGUGCAUAUCAUAUAAAUGCUAUUGACUAUUCAAAAAUAAAUGAAUUAGCUUUAUAUGGCAUAACUUCAACAGUGACACCAGACCCAAUAACUUGGCCAAGUUUAAGAACUUGGAGAUAUUUUUAUACAUUACUAUCAACCUAUCCCUUUUCAGUAUUUCCUCCACAAUUACUAGUCUUUGGAUUAAUCAAUUCAGCAGCGAUAUCUAUUCCCACCAACAUCCCACUAUCCUCUGAACUCAAGGCAUUAGUAAUUGCACAAAGUCAAAUUACAGGUCCAGUGCCAUGGGAAUAUUUUGAAAAUCAAGGAUCAAUGUUUUUCAUAGAUAUAUCGGGUAACCCUGGAAUCACCGGUGUUGUACCUCCUUCCAUGUGUUCGUUCAGGCUAUAUGCUCUAAACACUGGAAUCACAGAUCUCCCAGAUUGUUUUUAUUGUUAUAAAAGCUCUCUUAAAAGUAUUAUUCAAACAGACCUCUCUGUUCCAACUAAUUUCCAAUGCAAUAUAACGAUUACCCAGUAUACAUUAAUAUUUGUUUUUGGAAAGUCAAUGAUCCAAGGUCAUAAUAUUGGGUAUGGAUCUGAUACUGGUAGAUUUAAAUUGGACCCAAUCCGUGCAAACGAAUUAUUAACGGUUACAGAUUCUAUUCCACCUCCAACACCUCUUCCAAUGUUUGAUGUUACAAUCCAAUUGGAUGCCAGUUACCCUCAGUAUAAUUUUACAUUCUCAUACCUUGAGGUUGGGUUUAUUGUUAGUAAUCAAAUUCUCCUUACGUUCUUUCCACAGGGUCGAGUUUUAUUCAGUAUUCCUUACUCGAAAAUACAAUUAACCGUUUCUCAUGUUGUUAGUAUCAAUGAAUCUUUGACACUCCUUCCUACAAUAGUUGGAGGUGGCUAUAUCAACUUUACAUUGACAACACCAAAUGAUGGACAAUCAUCCAUUCUCGUCUCAAAUGAUUACUUUUAUUCUGGUCCUUUAUCAUAUCUUUAUACUCAAAAUCAUGUAAUGUUACCACAGAUUGGUAGUGAUUUUACAUUCUCAGGUUUGUUUGGAAGUAUUUUGGAUAUUAGUACAGCACUUGUUUAUUUCAAUGGUGAUGCUACGAUAUGUAAAGUUGUGUCGAUGAAUGGAAACAAUAUGGUGUGUAGAGUACAAAAUAAUUUCAAAGGAGGUGUGACAGCUAUAUCGACCAGUGUCGAUGGAUUCACUUCUAGGUCUACCUAUGGACUCAAUUUAAAGACUCCAUAUUCCGAGUGUCAACAAUUCAAUACUGCUUGUCAACUACAUGGACAAUGUAAUAUAGAUGGUCAAUGUCAAUGUGAUACAGGUUACUAUGGUGUAAAUUGUACAAUUGGUUAUCCAAAAUUAACUUCUGGUAGUUAUGUAGAUAACACAACAACUAGAAUCAUUAGUUUGUUUGGUGAUUUUAGUCUAGAGCCAUCAAAUGUUACCAUUACAGUUAAUGGUACUUGGACAUGUACACCGUUGGUUACUUUACCAACUAUGGUUAAUUGUACCAUUCAACCAAUUCCAACAACAACUGGGUUAGUGUCGGUUGAUAUUAGUGUCAAUGGUUCAACAAAUAAUGCAAAAGGGUUUAUUUUAUUCCGUCCCAUUCCAACCACUCCAUCCUCUUCUGAACAAUCAUUGGACUCUUCAAGCUCUGAUUCAUCAGAGACACCAAUCAAUCAAUGUCCAAAUAAUUGUUUUGGUCAUGGUGAAUGUAUCAAUUCAAAAUGUAAAUGUUUUGAAGGAUACAAUGUACAAGAUAAUUGUUUGACAAAGAUAAUCAAUAAUACAAUCACACCCAAUACAACAGCACCAACAACAUCAUUUGAUAUUGAUGGAGUCGAUUUCCAAUUUGAAAUUGUUGCCAUUCAAGAAAUAGAUGUUGACAGUAAUAUUGUUCAAGAAUUAUUGACUGAUAAAUGGAAUGCAACCAUUUACAAUGACACUCAAACAACCACAGUCAACUAUCAACUAAAUACUACAUCAACAACAGUAGCAGCAACUACAAUGGUCAGUGCAACGAUAUCAUUCUCAUCACAACCAAGAGAUAUUCCAUUUGGAUUAGAGACAUUACAUAUCAACGCCAACAGUAUCAAAGUAUCAGUGAAUAUCAGUGAUUGGCAAUACCAAUCAUUCUUGACAACACUACGAGUAAUAUUCAAAACCACACUAUCAAAAGAUCAAUCAUUUGAAUUUGAUUGUCAACAACAACAAAUCGACAGUCUUCAAUUCGAUCAAUUGUCAUCAUCGAUUCAAUAUCUCAGAGUUGUCAAAGAUAAUAUUCAAUUCACCGGUCGAUUCAUUGAUUAUGUAUUGUCAGAUGGUAGACCAUCAUUUUCAAAGACAUAUUUAAUCAAUCAAACAGACAACCAAGACAAUGAUCAGAUGACAACCAUAUUAAUUGGAAUCAGUACACCACAAUGUCAAUCAUGUAUUUUAGACCCAGAUUUCACACCAUUAUUAAUCGACAAGAGUGAAGAUUCUGGUUGUGAAAAGAAAUCAAAUGCAUGGAGAAUAGCUGUUGGUGUAUCUAUUGGUGGUGCUGCUCUCCUUGCUGCUGCAUUUGUUGUAUUUAAAUAUAGAUACAAUAUUGCCAAAAAGGCAAAAGCUGUAAAAUCACUCCAAAGAAAACUACAAAAUGUUUUAUUCUUUUAUUUCACAGUGGUGGUGUUGAUCACCACUAUUAGUCGUGUGGGGUUAGUUCGAUCACAAUCACUAUCACCGACAGAACUUGCAUCAGCUCAAUGGGUAAUACAACAAUAUGGAUUAGCUAUUUCACCACCUGAUGAAGCCACAAUUUGUGCAGCAACAUCGUUUACAUGUAUAAUAGAUAAUGGAGAAAAGCAUAUCACUAUAAUAUCGUUCCCAGGUAGCACAUACACACCAUCAGGAGCACCAAUUGAUGGAACUGUAUUUGAUUUUCCAGAGUUACGAACUUUUAGUGCCACUGCCAAUUUUGGUAACAUUGCUGACGUCAACCAAAACUCUUUAUUGAAAAUCAAAAACUUACCAAAAUUAACAACACUACUGUUCCGAAACGAUUUAUCGAUUACAACGAUACCAACCGAUUUUCCAGUGGCCUAUGGACUCGCUUCAUUAGCUGAUUUAUCAUUGUUCAGUCUCCCAUUUGCCUCAGUUCCAGGGGCGGUUUCAUUGACAAGUGGAGUUUUAAAUGUCAAUUUGAACUUGCCUUCUAUUGGCUCAUCCGUUGCAUUUACCACAUCAACUGGUACAUACAAUGUAAAUGUGGUCAACACGACCACCAUUAAAUCAUUAAUUAUUUAUGGAGAUGCUUCAACAGUUACACCCGAUCCAGCAACAUGGCCUAAUUUGGAGGCUUGGUAUCUCACUGGUGAACAACCAUGGUCAUAUUUUACAAAUCAACCAUCUGGGUUUAAAUUAGUUUUAUCAACAAACCAAGGUAUCACUGGUACUGUUCCAGCUUCCAUGUGUCCCUAUUCCCUUCAAAUCUAUUCAACUGGAAUUACUGCUCUGCCAGAUUGUUAUAAUUGCUAUUUUAACUCUCAAAAGGGUAUCAUUGCAACGAGUCUCCCACUUCCAAGUGGUUUCCAGUGUCCUAUUACCAUUGAUUCAUUUGAUUUGAUUUUCAUUGAUGGUUACUCAACCAUUACAGGUAAAAAUAUUGGCUAUGGUAAUAAUAGAGGAACAUAUUGGUUGACUCCUAUUAUCGGGAAUUCAAAGUUGGAGGUAAAUAAUAUGGAUUAUAAUCCGUAUCCUGGUCCAGGACAAGCAAUAUCUAUUCAACUUGAUUCCAACUAUCCAGCAUACAAGUUUGAUAAUUUUACAGAAUUUGAGGUUGGAAUCAAACUUGCACAAGUGUUUUUUAAUAGUAUUCUACCAGAAGGAAAGGUCACGUUCAGAAUCAAACAUCAAGCUUUACAAAUGGCACUCACUCAUUAUGUGAGUGUCAAUGGAUCAGAUCCCGUUCAAGUACAAUCGGUUGAUUCUCAAUUCUUGUAUACCACUCUGAUCACUCCCACCGAUGGACAGGCUAUUUUCAAUGUUUCAAAUAAUUAUACUAAUUAUGCUAUUGCCUAUAAUUAUCUACAAUAUUACCCAUUAGUAACCGAUAUGUUUCCAGUUACCAUUUCAAAGAUUGGUACAACAUUUACCUUUCAAGGGAACUUUGGAAACUUUUUGAAUGUUAGUGCUGCUACUAUCUCUUUUAAUGGUGACCCGACCAUUUGUAUUGUUACUGCAUUACAAAGCAAUUUUUUGACUUGUAUACAAGCCAAGCAUACUACUGCAGGUCCAACUAUAAUCUCAACAACUAUUGAUGGAUUCACAAGUAGGAAAACGUAUACUGCCAAUAUUAUAGAAACACCAUUGUCUCAGUGUCAACAAUUCAAUACAAUUUGUCAACUACAUGGGCAGUGUAACAUAGAUGGUCUGUGUGAAUGUAAUACAGGAUACUAUGGUGCAAAUUGUACAAUGGGUUAUCCAAAACUAUCAUCUGGUAGUUAUGUAGAUGAUACCCCAACAAAGACAAGAAUAUUUGCGUUGUAUGGUGAUUUUAGUAUUGCUCCAUCAAAUGUAACAGUCAAUAUAAAUGGUACUUGGCCAUGUACAACAAUUAUUACUCAACCAACUUUGGUGACUUGUGUCAUCCAACCAAUUCCAACAACCAUUGGUUUGGUGUCGGUUGAUAUCAGUGUCAAUGGUUCAACUAAUAAUGCAAAGGAUUUUAUUUUAUUCCGUCACAUUCCAACUACUCCAUCCUCUUCCGAACAAUCAUCACACUCUUCAAACUCUGAUUCAUCAGAAGUACCAGUCAAUCAAUGUCCAAAUAAGUGUUUUGGUCAUGGUGAAUGUAUUAAUUCAAAGUGUAAAUGUUUUGAGGGGUACAGUGUAGAGGAUAAUUGUUUGACAAAGAUAAUCAAUAAUAAUACAAUAACACCCAAUACAACAGCACCAACAACAUCAUUUGAUAUUGAUGGAGUUGAUUUCCAAUUUGAAAUUGUUGCCAUUCAAGAAAUUGAUGUUGACAGUAAUAUUGUUCAAGAAUUGUUGACUGAUAAAUGGAAUGCAACCAUUUACAAUGACACUCAAACAACCACAGUCAACUAUCAACUAAAUACUACAUCAACAACAGUAGCAGCAACUACAAUGGUCAGUGCAACGAUAUCAUUCUCAUCACAACCAAGAGAUAUUCCAUUUGGAUUAGAGACAUUACAUAUCAAUGCCAACAGUAUCAAAGUAUCAGUGAAUAUCAGUGAUUGGCAAUACCAAUCAUUCUUGACAACACUACGAGUAAUAUUCAAAACCACACUAUCAAAAGAUCAAUCAUUUGAAUUUGAUUGUCAACAACAACAAAUCGACAGUCUUCAAUUCGAUCAACUGUCAUCAUCGAUUCAAUAUCUCAGAGUUGUCAAAGAUAAUAUUCAAUUCACUGGUCGAUUCAUUGAUUAUGUAUUGUCAGAUGGCAGACCAUCAUUUUCAAAAACAUAUUUAAUCAAUUCGACAAAAUCAACCAAUGAUGAAGAUCAAAUAACAAUAUUAAUUGGAAUCAGUACACCACAAUGUCAAUCAUGUAUUUUAGAUCCUGAUUUCACACCAUUAUUAAUCGACAAGAGUGAAGAUUCUGGUUGUGAAAAGAAAUCAAAUGCAUGGAGAAUAGCUGUUGGUGUAUCUAUUGGCGGUGCUGCUCUAAUCGUUGCAGCUGUUAUUGUCAUAAAGUAUAAACUACUUACUGCCAAAAAGGCAAAAGCUGUAAAAUCACUCCAAAGAAAACUACAAAAGUUUGAAGUUGCAUCAGCUCAAUGGGUAAUACAACAAUAUGGAUUAGCUAUUUCACCACCUGAUGAGGCGACCAUUUGUGCAGCAAUAUCACAGUUUACAUGUACAAUAGCUAAUGGAGAAAAGCAUAUCACUAGAAUAGCAUUCUAUUUGAGCACAUACUCACCAUCAGGAGCGCCAACAGAUGGAAUUGAAUUUGAUUUUCCAGAGUUACAAUCGUUUCGUGGUACCGCCAAUCCCAGUUACAUUGGUGACGUCAACCAAAAUUCUUUAUUGAAAAUCAAAAACCUACGAAAAUUAACAGCACUAGAACUCCAAAAUGAUUUAUCAAUUACAACGAUACCAGCAGAUUUUCCAAUGGCCUAUGGACUCGAUUCUUUGGCUAGUCUGUUACUGUCAGGUCUCCCAACACCCUCGAUACCAGGGUUUUUCAACGGUUCUAGUAUUAGAAAUCUUCAAUUGUCAAAUUUUGCAAAUCUACAAACCCUUCCAAUCGACCAAUACCUCAGACUUCCAAAUGUAUCAUAUUUGACCUUGGACCUAGGUCCCCCAUCUCCAUAUACAAUCGAUUUUACUGACCUAUCAUUCCCCGCCCUUUCUAAUUUUGUUGUUUCAUUGAGAGAUGGAGUUUUAAAUGUCAAUGUCAACUUGUCUCUCCCUGGAACAUCAAUGGCAUUCCAUACAUCAAAUGGUCAAUUCAAUGUAAAUGCGAUCAACACAACCAGCAUUCUAUCAUUAAAAAUUUUAGGUACAGCUUCAACAGUUGCACCCGAUCCAGCAACAUGGCCCAAUUUGGAGACUUGUCAACCAUCUGGAUUUAAGUUAAUUUUAUCAUCAAACCAAGGUAUCACUGGUACUGUUCCAGCUUCCAUGUGUCCCUAUUCCCUUCAAAUCUAUUCAACUGGAAUAUCUGCUUUGCCAGAUUGUUAUAAUUGCUAUUUUAACUCUCAAAAGGGUAUCAUUGCAACUAGUCUCCCACUUCCAAAUGGGUUUGUUUGUGAUAUUACCAUUGAUUCAUUUGAUUUGAUUUUCAUUAAUGGCAUGUCACUCAUUACAGGUCAAAAUAUUGGUUAUGGUAAUUCAGGAGAUUACACAUUGGUUCCUGUUAUCGGAAAUUCAAAGUUGGAGGUACAUAAUAUGGUAUAUGAACCAUAUCCUGGUCCAAAACAAACGAUUUCUAUUCAACUUGAUUCCAACUAUCCAGCAUACAAGUUUGAUAAUUUUACAGCAUUUGAGGUUGGAAUUCAUCUUUCACAAGUGUCGGUUGGUAGUGUUCUACCAGAAGGAAAGGUCAUGUUCAGAAUCAGACAUCAAUCUUUACAAAUGUCACUCAUUCAUUAUGUUAGUGUCAAUGGAUCAGUACCCAUUGAGGUAGAAUCGAUUGAUUCUCAAUACUUGUAUACCACCGUGACCACUCCCAACGAUGGUUUCAUUAUUUUCAAUGUUUCAAAUAAUUAUACUAGUUUUGGUAUUGCCUAUGAUUAUCGACAAAGUCAUCCAUAUGUCAAUUAUAUGAAUCCAGUUACCAUUUCAAAGAUUGGUACAACAUUUACCUUUCAAGGGUUUUAUGGAUACUAUUUGAAUGUUAGUGCUGCUACUAUCUCUUUUAAUGGUGAUCCAACAAUAUGUAUUGUGACUGGAUUAGAAACCUACAAUUUGAAUUGUACACAGGUCAAGCAUACUACUGUAGGUCCAACUAUAAUCUCAACAACUGUCGGUGGAUUCACAAGUAGAAGAACGUAUACUGCCAAUAUUAAAGCAACACCAUUGUCUCAAUGUCUUUUGAAUACAAUCUGUCAACUACAUGGGCAGUGUGAUAUGGAUGGUCAAUGUCUAUGUGAUACAGGUUACUAUGGUGCAAACUGUACAAUGGGUUAUCCAAAACUAUCAUCUGGUAGUUAUGUAGAUGAUACCCCAACAAAAACAAGAAUAUUUACAUUAUAUGGUGAUUUUAGUAAUGCUCCUUCAAAUGUUACUAUUAUGAUUAAUGGUACUUGGACAUGUACACCAUUGGUUACUUUACCAACUAUGGUUAAUUGUACCAUUCAACCAAUUCCAACAACCAUUGGGUUAGUGUCAGUUGACAUUAGUGUCAAUGGUUCAACAAAUAAUGCAAAGGAUUUUAUUUUAUUCCGUCCCAUUCCAACUACUCCAUCCUCUUCUGAUUCAUCAUCUGAUUCAUCAGAAGUACCAGUCAAUCAAUGUCCAAAUAAUUGUUUUGGUCAUGGUGAAUGCGUCAAUUCAAAAUGUAAAUGUUUUGAAGGGUACAAUGUACAAGAUAAUUGUUUAACAAAGAUAAUCAAUAAUAAUACAAUCACACCCAAUACAACAGCACCAACAACAUCAUUUGAUAUUGAUGGAGUCGAUUUCCAAUUCGAAAUUGUUGCCAUUCAAGAAAUAGAUGUUGACAAUAAUAUUGUUCAAGAAUUAUUGACCGAUAAAUGGAAUGCAACCAUUUACAAUGACACUCAAACAACAACAGUCAACUAUCAACUAAAUACUACAUCAACAACAACAUUGGCAAUGGUCAGUGCAACGAUAUCAUUCUCAUCACAACCAAGAGAUAUUCCAUUUGGAUUAGAGACAUUACAUAUCAAUGCCAACAGUAUCAAAGUAUCGGUGAAUAUCAGUGAUUGGCAAUACCAAUCAUUCUUGACAACACUACGAGUAAUAUUCAAAACCACACUAUCAAAAGACCAAUCAUUUGAAUUUGAUUGUCAACAACAACAAAUCGACAGUCUUCAAUUCCAACUAUCAUCAUCGAUUCAAUAUCUCAGAGUUGUCAAAGAUAAUAUUCAAUUCACUGGUCGAUUCAUUGAUUAUGUAUUGUCAGAUGGUAGACCAUCAUUUUCAAAAACAUAUUUAAUCAAUCAAACAGACAACCAAGACAAUGAUCAGAUGACAACAAUAUUAAUUGGAAUCAGUACACCACAAUGUCAAUCAUGUAUUUUAGACCCAGAUUUCACACCAUUAUUAAUCGACAAGAGUGAAGAUUCUGGUUGUGAAAAGAAAUCAAAUGCAUGGAGAAUAGCUGUUGGUGUAUCUAUUGGUGGUGCUGCUCUAAUCGUUGCAUCUGUUAUUGUCAUAAAGUAUAGAUUAAAUGUUAACAAAACUAAAAAAGCAGAAAGGAGAAUAUCACAAAAAUUAAAAGCUCUCAACUAA